CAGCUCGGCGACAGAAUCCUGUGCCGUGGGUUCCCGCUACAUGGCCUUCAAUCCCAGAGCUCGUGAUUGGGUUUCUCGAUUUCGAAACUGACUCGCAAUUUACCUUCAACGGCCGAUUCAUGUCUGAAAACCUCGGAGCAUUUGAGGAAGAAUUGCGUGCGAGAGCGAGUAUCGUGGAGUAGGCUACAAUGGUGUGUGAUAAGUGUGAGAAGAAGCUCACGAAAGUGAUAGUGCCUGACAAGUGGAAGGAAGGUGCCAGUAAUACUACAGAAGGAGGUGGGCGAAAGAUCAACGAAAACAAACUGCUCUCUAAGAAGAACAGGUACACUCCUUAUGGGAAAACGAAGUGCAUAAUCUGUAAGCAGCAGGUUCACCAGGAAGGGAAGUACUGCCAGUCUUGUGCCUACAAGAAAGGUGUAUGUGCCAUGUGUGGAAAACAAGUCUUAGACACCAAACUAUACAAGCAGAGCAAUGUUUAAUGCACGAAGGUUGAGUUACUUCAAUCCGACGCUCUGUUAAAUGACGUGGUAUCCUACUGCUGAAUUCGACCUCGUUUUCUAUUUUGGCUGUGGACGGUGGCAAAGAUGUGGGCGCAUACGACACAGCACAUCUAAAAUCACUUUUUAGUGUAAGAAUAUUCUUGUAGAAAAGCAGCUGCUGCUCGAUCCGCUGUGCACUACUUUAUGAUCGUAUGGCAGACUGUGAAAGCGUGGGGUUAGAUUUUGUAAUACAGUUGUAUUUGCAUUCUGGCAGGAAGUUAGCAACCUGCAUCGUCACCGAUGCCUUUCCAUUGAAUCAGAAUACGCACUGUUCCUUGAUGUAGAUAACUGACCACUUUUUUUUUGUUAAGUAAGAUUCUGGAUAAGGAAUUUUUUUGUUUA